UUUCUCUUUGAUAAACCAGUGUCCCCUUUGCUAACAUGUGCUGGGAUGGCACGUGACUGGCCCGAUGCCAGAGGAAUCUGGCAUAACAAUGACAAGACAUUUCUCAUCUGGAUUAAUGAAGAGGACCACACCAGGGUGAUCUCCAUGGAGAAGGGUGGCAACAUGAAACGGGUGUUUGAAAGAUUUUGCCGUGGUUUGAAAGAGGUGGAAAGAUUGAUUAAAGAACGAGGCUGGGAGUUCAUGUGGAACGAGCGUCUCGGGUAUGUUCUGACCUGUCCUUCCAACCUGGGAACUGGUUUACGCGCUGGAGUCCAUGUUAAACUGCCCAGGCUUAGCAAGGAUCCCAGAUUUCCAAAAAUCCUGGAGAACCUGCGUCUGCAAAAGCGUGGCACUGGUGGAGUGGACACGGCAGCUGUAGCAGACGUGUACGAUAUCUCCAACCUGGACCGCAUGGGUCGCUCGGAGGUGGAGCUAGUCCAGAUUGUCAUUGAUGGGGUCAAUUACCUCGUUGACUGCGAGAAGAAACUGGAAAGAGGUCAAGACAUCAAAGUGCCACCACCACUGCCUCAGUUUGGCAGGAAGUGAUCUUGCUGCUGAUGGUGGCAACUGAUGGUAAAUAUGGUUGCCAUUCUGACAGAAAGGCACCUCUGUAUAUCUCUGUAUAAAUAUCUUGUGUAAUAAAACACUACCUGA